AUGGGAACAUCUUGAUGCACUGGGAAACCUCGUGAAGAACACCUAUAUUUUAAAGACGAAAAAGACAAGGACAAGGAGUACGAUAAAAGUAGAAGCAAGAAUAUUAAAAGUCCCAGUAGAGAAGAAUGGACUCCAUCGAUAAAUAUUGGGAUUUUUGGAGACUCUCAAAAUGACACGCCACUUCUAAAUACCCGUGCAAUGAAAUCUAGUAGGAAACAGAACAAUCACGCUCUUCUUGACUAUGAGCAACUGGGUUUAGAUUAUAUAAAUAAAGAGACGAGAUCUGAAUGAGGAUUUAGCCAGAUUUUAGAUAAAUGUGAGAAGUCCCAGAAAGCAGAAGAUAGUGAUAACCAGGAAGAUGAAGAAAAAGAUGAUGUAUAUUACCUUCCAGACGAAUUUGUAAUGGAUGCCGAUGAAAUGGACUCUGGUGAUCCUGAUCUUUUGAGGUUUCAAUCUAUUGAUUUCCAAGAUCUCAAAAGAAAAAGGUCCAAAUCCUUAAAAAAUCUGUCCACCACUGAAAUCCCUUUGAAUAAAAAUAUGAGCAAGAGAAGUAAAAUGUAUGCCAAGGCUUUUAAUGAAGUGCAAGCUCAGUGUCAACAAGAAACUAAGAAUAGAGUCACACUAGACGAUGGAGAUCAAAUAAAAGAAGAAAACGAUAAUUCUGAAGAAUCAAAAGAGAACUUUAUCCAAGAUGGAGAACAAGCAAAUAUUGUUUCAUCAGCCAAUGUUUAUUCUCCAGAAGAAAAAGAUUUUCAACCAGUGAAAGAGGGAAUUGAGAAACAUGAAAUUCGUGAUGCUUUAAGUGAAGGAGUAGGACAAUAUAUGAGCACAGAAAUUGAGCCUAAUUUAGACAGUUACAAUCUCCUAGAUCAAGGUUUUGGACAAAUCGGCCAGAAUCCAAAUCAGAGAAUAAAAGAAUCAUUAUCCCAAAGACCCAUAUCCGACAGUGACUCCUUCACAAUCAGUAACGACGCAACAAAUGGAAUCCCUAUGAAAUAAAGCCCCUUCAAAGAUCAAGAAAACAAUGGGCUUACUUGGCGUAUCCUACAUCAAAGCUGACAAGAUCCAACAAUUCAGAAAUUCAUCCUCAAAGAAACCCCUCAAAAGAAAACUAUCCUCCACUUCCAAACCCCACCCCAUCCAAAUCCCCCCAAAAUCCUCCAAAAUCCCUUCCCAAUCCCUCGCUUCACCAAAAAAGAAAGACUUCUCUGGUCUUCUCCUUAAGAAAAUCAACCGUGAACAAAGAAUCAAGCCUUUAAGAAAAACUUUGAAUUAAGC